AUGCAGUCAUAUUCAGCGGUUGCCGUCGAGUUAUUGCCUCGUCUGGAGAGCCUUUUGCUGGCGCCUUCCAAGGAAUCCAGGUCACGCUUAGAGGAGGCUGUUCGCGCUAACGCAUCCACCAAGUGGCUGCAAGAGGCCCUGGAUGUCAUCCGAUACGCCGUUGAGUGCGAUGUGUACAGGGGAAUGACCCUGGUGGAUCGUUGCCUUGGCGGAUCGGUGUUUUACGACGUGUCUGAUGUGCCCGCCGCGAGUUCUUGCAAGUCGCUGUACGACCAUCUGGUGAACAGAGCAAUACAGUUCGUCGAAUCAGGAGCGCGAGAUGGCCUGGAAGACAUCUACGUGCUUGCCAGCGCGGUGCUGCUGCUGAACAUCUUCGUACGCGUUAAUUGGAUGGGUCCUCCCUGUGGGAUUUUGAGCCCGUCUAACCAGCAUCUGGCGGCACAAUACCGCGACAAGGUGGUCUCUGACGACCGGGAUAGUGUUUUAAGUCUGGAUUCGUUGUAUUCGUUUGCGAACGACGGCACAUCGUUCUCUGCUUUUGCUUUGGAGAAGGUCGCAUCCGAGUUCAACCAGCGUUGCGUGCUCGGAUCUCCGGAUACGCGUGGAAUUGAUGUGGAGUCGGACUCAACCGCAUAUGCCGGGUUCAUCCGCAGCAUUUUGGACGCGCUGCAGAUCGACGGCGAGCCCGUCUACACUGGCAUCGCCGGCGCUCCGUACUUUGUGGCGGCUUUGGCGUUAUUGUCGACGUUAGGUGGAAUUGAUCGCCUUACAAAAGGCGAUUCAUCAGCAUCAGGCGGUACUACCGGUGCUACCGGGUCGGAUAAGACAACGGACCAUCAGGAUGGUAUGCGCCAUUGCGCGUUGACCACUGUCGGUGUAUGGCGCGGCCGUGCCGCUUUCGUCUGGCAGAGAAUAGUGCGCAACUCCAUGGUGAACCCCUGCCCCCAUCUCUUCCGAAGCGCGGUCUCCGAUUUCAGCUCUAUUCUGAAGUCGUGGAAAGUCCUACCCGAAGACUUCACCCUCUCCAUAUGCGAUCCCGCCCUGAUGAAUUCCGUCACUGAUGCCGCUAAUGGCGAUGACCAACUUAUGGGCUCUCUGGAAGCAUCGGGUCCAUCUAACGGUGGCACAUUUCUGCAGGAUGCCAUCAGAGGUUUCAAUGGCUCGCCGCUGGAAUGCUCGCCGGAGAUGGGGUCAUUGUUGAUAUUGGAGCUUGCGCUGCGCUUGCCGUAUUACAACAUGGCCAAACUGUUUGAGCACUUGUUGUCGCUGGCAACGUCGUUGAUUGGGUUUACUUUCUCGUUCACCGGCCGCUUGGGUAUACGCCGGAAGUAUCAGGUCCGUGUAAUCCCUCAGCUUGUAGUGGUUGCUGGAGGGUCUAACAAUGGGCAAUCGAGGUCUGGUAGGGUAACGAGAUCAGCUGUAGAUCCACCUGCUGACUCCAGCGACCUCGCAGCUGCCUCUGGCACGCCUACCCCGGAUGCAGCAACCGGUAAUGCGGUUGAACCAUCGUCCUCAACUUCAGAUGGCGAUUCGCAGGAGAACAACUCAUCGUCGCUCUCUACCUCAGAGCGUCCGGAAGAUAUCUCCCUCAGCUCUGUGAACGAGGAUACUGACAUCCUUGAACGCCCCAAGCUGUCUGAGGAGUCAGAUGAUGCCCCGUUGUCCGCUGCGGAGCAAUGCAUUCUGCUUGCCAAGGCCCUGCAUAUGAUACAGACGGUGCCGGAGGGCGACGAGCUGAACCUUGAAUUUUUGAACGCUAUCGUGGUGCGCUGCCUGGGUUCCACGGAAGGCGCCGCGUCGUGGCUGCUUUCGUCGGUCGCGCUCUGGGUGCGUUGCAAGACCGAAUACCACCGAACCAAGACCGUUGAGCGCGCCAGCUUGCAGCUGCACAAGUUAAGCGAUUCCUACUACGAAUCUGAGGCCACCGCCGCCAGUCGGCUGGAGUUCGUCUGGCACGUGUGGUCGCCCAGCAGUUGGGGCAUUAAGCGCGAGAUUGCGCGGCGUCUUUGCUCAAUAGGCUCCUUCCUGAGCGCCUUCGAGAUAUACAAGAAGCUGCACAUGUGGGAAGACGCCAUCCAGUGCUUGAUCAUCGUGGGCCGUAAGAACGACGCCCGUGAGCUGGUCAUGAACCAUAUCAAGAGCUCCCCAACGCCGUUGCUGUGGUGUUUCCUGGGUGACAUUGAGGGCAACAUAUCGCAUUACAAGACCGCUUGGGAGCUGUCUAAAGGCCGUUGCGCCCGCGCACAGCGCACCUUGGGUUCCUACUACUUCAACAAGGGCGAUCUUGAGGCUGCAAUAAAUGCGCUUGAGUUAGCCCUCGCGAUCAACCCCAUGCGGGAGUCGAGCCAGUUCCUGCUAGGCUGCUGCUACCUGAAGACUGGCAAGCUGGAUCGUGCGGUGGGCGUGUUUUCCCGCGUCAUCGCGUUGAACCCAUCUUCACCCGAUGCGUGGGCCAACAUGUGCAGCGCGCAUUUGAAUAUCGGCAACCUUCGCGAGGCCAGCCUGUGCAUCGACCAAGCGGUUAAGCAUCAACCCGGCAAAUGGGAGUUCUGGGACAUCCGUAUGCGCAUAUCGCUGCGGUCCCGUGACCUGCAAAGUGUCUGCCUGUCAAUCGAGAAGCUGAUUAACCUAGGCAAGGUGAGCCUUCCACUCAACCCAGCGCCCGUUAUCGCACCCCAGAAAACGUUGAUAGAGCCUGGCAUAGUCGCAUUCUUGGUCGACUCGUCGACCCGUUUUCCAUCCAAACAUGCGACCCAGCGCAUGCUGGCGCGCACUUUGGACUGUGUCACCAAGAACGUCACCGACAACGCUGAUAUCUGGAAGCUGUGCGCCCGGUACUUCGCGUGCCAGAAAUUCUACGUGGAGGCGCUGGAAUGCACGUUCCGCGAGUACCGUUCCAUAGAGAGCGCCAUCGUGAGCAGCCUAAGCGAGGCGAAGGCUGACGCCGAGCUGCAGCGCGAGCAUGACGUGUCGCAGUUGAGGCGUCUGAUGGACUGCUUCGGGACCAUGAUAACGCUGCUUAAGCGCAUGCCUGCGUCGGAUCGCAAGGCCAAGCGUGACACUGUGAUUCAAACACUGCAGAGCGUUCGUGAGCGUGUGCGCUCCCGCAUUGCGGAGGUGAAUGCGCAGUGGCAGUCGGAGUUGGACAGUUUGUUGGAGAGCGCGGAGGUCGAAGACGUGAUAUGCGUGUACGACGGGGAGUAG